UCUGGGUGGAGCGGUGAAGACGGUGAAUCAAUGGCAAACGGUAUGGCGGGACUUAAAAAGCCGCACCAGCAUUAAAGCACGGAAUAGGCGAAGGCAACAAGCUUUAACGGGAAACAGGCCUAUCAGUGAGGAGCCCCUAACGGAAUUCGAGAGGCGGGUGUCUGCUCUCAUAGGGGAGGAGUAUAUGAAGGGCCACGAUUCAACCCCUGAAAAUAUUCCACUGGAGGAGGUAAUCCAAAUGGGUAUCGAAGUGGAAGAUGAAAGGGUGAUUUCGGAAGCCCCGUCGCCUUUACGGACGCCACUGGCAGAGAAUUUCACGCUGAGGUCAGGUAAUUCCCAUAUCUCAGACAGGAGAACACCACGGGCGAGCUUGAAAAGAAAGCGCAUGGAAGAAGACGGUAAUGCUCGGAAGAAAUUUUUAGAAAUUGCAGAAAAACAGGCAGAUGCACUAAAGAUGCUAGCCCAGUCGAGUAGAGAAACAGUAGAAGUCGCGAAACAACAAGCAGAUGCUUUAAAGAUCUUAGCCGAAAGCAGCUCUGCAAAUGCCCAGGCGAAUAAAAUGCUGGCGGAGGCAAUAGCCGUAUUGGGGAAUGGUCUAAGCGCUACCGCAGAAGCAUUCAACAAUCUAACGAAUGCAAUCUACCGUAUGUAGAUUAGAAACAAAUUCCGCA